AUGCGGGCGCUGGGGGCGCUGGGGCUGGGGGCGCUGCUGGCGCUGCUGCCCCCCGCCCCGGCCGAGACCUACACGGCCAUGCUGAGCGUCCGGAGGGCGCUGGGCUCCGAGGGCCGCCUGCUCCGCCGCCUCCGAGCCUACCUGCGGGAGGAGAGCGCCCGCCUGCGCCGCCUCGCCAGGUUUUAUGAGAAGGUCCAGGCGCUGCACCAGGACCCCGAGGCCUCGGUGGACAACCCCUUGUUGGCCUUCAGCCUCAUCAAGCGUCUUCACUCCGACUGGCCCAACGUCGUCUACAACGACGAGGCCACCGAGAAUACCCAAGCACUCCAUGCUGGCUUCAAGGAGGUGGAGCAGGAGCUGCCUGGAGCCGAGGACCUGGAUGGGGCUGCCCGGGCACUGAUGCGGCUGCAGGACGUCUACGCGCUCAGCGUCAAGGGCAUGGCCAACGGCGUCUUCCAGCGAGCCGGCGCCGGCCGACCGCCCCUCUACAGCCCCGGCCGGCGCAUCUCCCUCUCCGCCGACGACUGCUUCCAUGUGGGCAAGGUGGCCUACGACACGGGCGACUACUACCACUCCAUCGCGUGGCUGGAGGAGGCCGUCAGCCUCUUCCGCCUCUCCUACGGCAGCUGGAACCUGGAGGACCGGAGCAGCCUGGAGGAUGCUCUGGACCAUCUCGCCUUCUCCUACUUCAUGGCUGGAAACAUCUCCCAUGCCUUGAGCCUCUCCAAGGAGUUUCUCCACUACGACCCCAGUAACCAAAGGGUGGCGAGGAACGUGGCCAAGUAUGAGAAGCUGCUGGAGACGGGGACGGCGGCAAGCGCCGGACCCCUGCGGCGCCCCAACGGCACCCGCCUGCAGAGCCGCGACGCCUACGAGGAGCUGUGCCAGCGCCCAGGGGGGCAGCCGUCCCCGGAGCAGCUUCCGCACCUUAGCUGCUCCUACGAGACCAAUGGCAGCCCCUACCUCCUACUCCAGCCUGCCAAGAAGGAGACGGUCCGGAUCCGGCCCUACGUGGCUUUGUACCACGAUUUCAUCAGCGAUGCCGAGGCUGAGACCAUCAAGGGGCUGGCGGGACCCUGGCUGCAGAGAUCCGUGGUCGCCUCCGGGGAGAAGCAGCAGAAAGCCGAGUACCGGAUAAGCAAGAGCGCCUGGCUGAAGGACACUGUCGACCCAGCGGUGCGGGCGUUGGAGCAGCGCAUCGCUGCCGUCACCGGCCUGGACCUGCGGCCACCCUACGCCGAGUACCUGCAGGUGGUCAACUACGGGUUGGGAGGCCACUACGAGCCACACUUCGACCAUGCCACGUCCAGGAAGAGCCCCCUUUACAGAAUGAAGUCGGGCAACAGGAUCGCCACGGUCAUGAUCUAUCUGAGCGCGGUGGAGGCCGGCGGCUCCACCGCCUUCAUCUACGCCAACUUCAGCGUGCCCGUGGUUAAGAACGCGGCUCUCUUCUGGUGGAACCUGCGGAGGAACGGGGACGGUGACGGGGACACCCUGCACGCCGGCUGCCCCGUCCUGGCCGGGGACAAGUGGGUGGCGAAUAAGUGGAUCCACGAGCACGGGCAGGAGUUUCGGCGGCCGUGCAGUGCUGACCCACAAGACUAAGCCAUCGUGGGCUCAAGGAUGUGGCACCCAUGGGUGGCAAAGCCACCCCGGCGCAGCGCGUCCCCAGGGCUGGCAGCAAGAGGAGGGAGGGAAGGGGGUGGCAGCCGCGUGGGGUGCUACCGGGGCGGUGGUACUUGCUCAGCCGUGGCCGAAUCCGGUGAAAAUAAAGUCAA